AUGGCCCCCGAAGCCUUCGCCGAUCCCAAGAAGCUUCAUCCAUUUUUCACGCCCGGAUCCGACAGACCAACUCCCUCGGAUGCCUUGACCAGCGAACACCCAACAGCAGAGGUUGGCUCCUUGCCUAGGGCUGACCACGAUGGGCCGACGCCGAAACGACGAAAGAUUGAUCCCGACGCUCUUGAAGAGGCCAAUACGCCAAGCACCAAAAAGCGCCGCAACCCACGGAAACAAGCAACCAACGGACCUUCCAUCAUCGAAGCACUCUCAAAGUCCAGUUCUCUCGGAACGAACGAGCCUGACACACCAUCCAUUUCGACUGGCCCGGCAACCCCCCUGGCCGCAACUGAACGGCCGCUCUCAAACGUUCCUGUGCCGAACACCAGUGCAGCCAAUGCCGAACAAUCUCAGCCUCUGCAAGACGAUGCAAAGCCCAAGCGCGUCCUGAAGUUCAACCCCAAGACAGGCACCAUCGGGUCGCCACCAAAGCCCAAAACAACGACCCCGACUGGAGCCAAGUCUAAAACGGCAAAGGGCAAGCAGGCAUCCUUCAUUGUGACGAUCCCCUUUGGCCAAGACCCCGAAAGCCGCCAGCGGAUCGGCAGCAAGAUUGAAGAGAUCCUCAGAACACCGUCCACUGCGAUACCAGACACGAAGACGCCACCCAAAAAAGGACGUGGAAAAUCCACCAAGCCUGCAGCAGAAAAGGCCAAACAGACCAAGAUGGAUCCACAGACGGGACAACCUGUCACAACAACCGCGCCUCCUGCCGCAAAAGCAGCCGCCCCUCCCCCGCCGCGGCAGGUCAUCUUCUCCUCGACCCCUUGCUCGCCAAAGAAGCCUAGGAACGCCAUCAAGCGCACGAACCUGCCCCAAUUUGGCGUCAAAUCAAUGGGCCUCAGAGUUCCAGGUGCUGCGCAUCCUGCUUGGGCCGCGAAAGGCGCUACCCACGUGACGGGACUUGCCGAGGACUGCUGGUCUCAGACUGAAGUACAACUCCCCCCAGGUAUCUCUUCGAGGAAGGCCAAGGGAAGAGUGACGAAUGUCCCUCCGCAAGAAUCUGUCGUGGGCCAACUGGGUGCUGCCUUGGACAUCAAGGGCAUCAUAGCCGCACUGAGCGCCCAGACGGAAGAGUUCGAUACGCCGCCACCAGAGCUGCGAUUGCCGGGGAAGCACUUUGAAAGCGGCCCCAAACUGCAGGCGCGGAUACGACCUGAACUGAGGACCCCUCUUCCGUCAAGAAGCAGUCUGAACGACGACAGCGACGAUGAAAUUGUGACUACGACGAGACAGGCGCCUCAUGCCGCAGUCUCACGUCUGUACAAAUCACUCGCGACUAGUUUGUCGGCGUUCGAUAGAUCCGAAUGCGAGGACCUGGCCUGGGUGCAAAAAUACGCCCCAGCAACAGCAGCCGAGGUGCUGCAAGUCGGUCGGGACGCCAUCUGGCUCAGGGACUGGUUGGAGAUGCUCAAGGUGCAAUCUGUCGACACGGGCAUCACUACGGAUCAGAAACCCGCGACGGUGAAGGCGGUGUCCGGGCCCAAGAAGAAACGGAAGCGUGGCAAGCUGGAUGGAUUCGUCGUGUCCAGCGAUGAGGACGCUUCGUACGACCCCGACGACAUGACCGAGCCCGAAGAUGAAAACGUUCCUCUUGCGCCGAAGCAGACCAUCAUGCAGACCAUCCCCAAGAGCGGAAAGGACAUGCCGAGGGUGGCCAACGCAGCACUCAUCAGUGGGCCGCAUGGGUCAGGCAAGACGGCCGCCGUCUAUGCCAUUGCGAAGGAGCUGGGUUUCGAGGUGUUUGAAAUCAACUCGAGCAGUCGACGCAGUGGCAAAGAUGUGCUGGACAAGGUGGGCGACAUGACGCGCAAUCACCUCGUGCAACGACAUCAGGACAGCAAGCAGGGUGACGCAGAAGAUCCCACAGCCAAGGAUGUCAAGUCGGGAAAGCAAGGCACCGUCAUGUCCUUCUUCAAGCCCAAGCCUGCCCAAAUCAGCACGCCAGCCUCCACGACUAUCCCGCCGCCAGCUGUGCCUGUGCCUGCCCAGGUCGCAGCACCGUCUGGUGACAAGCAGGAGGAGGCGGAGAAAUCAAAGAACACUCAACCCAAGUCCCAGAAGCAAUCUUUGAUUCUCAUCGAAGAGGCGGACGUGUUGUACGAGGAGGACAAGCAAUUUUGGACGACCAUGACAACGCUGAUUGCGCAGUCGAAGCGGCCCUUCAUCAUGACCUGCAACGAUGAGAGUCUGAUUCCGAUACAGACACUGAACCUACACGGCAUCUUCCGCCUCAGCCCCCCGCCGACCGAACUGGCACUCGAUGUCAUGCUACUCAUUGCGGCCAAUGAGGGUCACGCCCUCCGCAGGCCAGCUGUGCAGGCAUUGCUCGAGUCCAGGGGCGGCGACAUUCGGGCCUCUCUUACGGAGCUAAACUACUGGUGCCAGCUAGGCGUUGGCGACCGACGCGGCGGUUUCGAAUGGUUCUAUCCGCGGUGGCCGAGGGGGUGCGACAAGGAUAAGAACGGCCAUGUCGUGCGUGUUGUCAGUCAGGGCACAUAUCUGGAGGGCAUGGGCUUCGCCGGCGCCGAGUCGCUAGGCCCUUCUCAACGCGAAGAGGACGAACUGCUCCUGCAGAGCUGGGACAGCCUCGGCAUGGACCUCAGCAACUGGCACGAGACGAGGGAUCAGGCUGCCUGGGCAGGACGCAUGGCCAGUGCAAGCCGCAGCGAAAGGCUCGCAGCCCUUGACAUCUACGAACGAUUCGCCGACACGAUGAGCGCCGCCGACCUCUGCUCCAACGGUCGGUUCGGGGUCGGUCUUCAGGAAAACCUGGACGCGACACAGCCCGAUAUCACUGCGAAAGCUCGCGAAGACUACACCCUCGGGCGGCGUCUGCUGGAAGCGCCGCUGGUGACGGACCACGAGCCCUUUUGCACGUCAGCCGCCAUCUCGCUUCGUUGCGGUGCGCGCCAGCUUGCGGACGACAGGCGAGAGACGUACAAUGCGCCGAUGGGCUGCAUCAAGCCGUCGGAUGUCAUCAAGAAGCUUUGCGAGUCUGCACCCGCGGAGGAGGACAUGCCCAUCGUUCGAUACGACAUGGCGCUAGCGUUUGACCCCAUUGCCAUCUCUGAACGACAUUCCAUCGUGCCGGCGAGCUUCCUCGAUCCGUCCGUGUUCGAUCGCACGAUGCGGCUGAUCACGCUUGAUGUGGCGCCCUUUGUUCGAGGCAUUGUGGCGUAUGACCGGCGCAUGGCAGGGACACAGCGCAGCAGCCUGCUCAGCGAAAACGUGCGGCCGGGCAAAAGGCUGAGGCAGACACGAAUGGCAGCUCUCGACGGCGGGGCGAUGCUGCGACGGGAGCAUUACUUUGGGUCAAAGCUCAACCCCUAUUUUGUGAUGCGGACCGGCGGCAAGGGGUGGGCCGAGGCUGCUGUGGAAGAGGCGCAGGGCGAUGGUAUAGAGGAGGAAACACAGGCGCAGGGCGAUGGUAUAGAGGAGGAAACACAGGUCCCCCCGGUAGCGGUAGAGAGCAGCUUCGAGUGGGCGAACCCAGUCACGCCGGCCAUGUUUGCCAUGACUGCCGGCCGAGGCUAG